CACAGUGUUUGGAUUCCAGAGUCGGGAAAGCGAUUUUGACACUGACACAACCGAGACCGUCGCCUGCGCCUCUAACCCGCCGUACCUGCCUCGUUUUUCUUUCUUUCUUUCUCUUUUUUUUGCAUGCCUGUCCGUUUGUACCUUCUUCUGAGAAACGAUCAGGCGCGCUAGAGGCUCCGGGAUGUACACGGCCGGGCUCAACCCGUUUUACGCGUCCAACUUCAGCCUCUGGUCCGCGUACUGCGCGGGGGGCUUCGCUGUGGAUACGAUGAAGAAACCCUCCUUUUGCAUCGCAGACAUUUUGCAAGCAGGAGAUGCGGAGAGCGUCCCGGGAUCGUCCGCGCUCAUGGUGCACAUGGGACACCACCACCACCACCACCAGCAGCAGCAGCAGCAGCAGCACCACCACCACCGCGCGCAGCACGGCAGCUCGCCGCUGCGCCCUUCUCCCGUGGCGGCCGAGCCGUACGGCGCGAGGGUGAGUCCGGCGUCUCCGUACAACAGACAUGGACUACAGCUGACAUCGGUCUCCAGAACUGCGUUCAGCUCUCAGCAAGCCCCCCCGCCGUCGAGCAAGGACCUGAAAUUCGGAAUCGAUCGGAUAUUGUCGACGGACUUUGACCAGAGAGGAAAGGAGAAGUCGUCAUUAAGAGAUCUCACAUCCAUCGUUAGCUCGAACCGUCAGUCAGGGAUCCACGUCCCCAAUCAGCCUCCGGCCAGCCAGUACUUCUCCUGCAUAGACCCCGGGAUGAGCGACGGGUCCUCCAUGAUGAGUUCACUAGGCAGCAGCAGCAGCAGGCAUUCAGGCCAGCAUCAGUUUCAGGACACCUUCCCAGGUCCGUAUGCCGUCCUCACUAAGGACACGAUGCCACAGACGUACAAGAGGAAAAGGUCGUGGUCGAGGGCAGUGUUUUCGAACUUGCAGAGGAAAGGACUGGAGAAGAGAUUUGAGAUACAGAAAUAUGUCACCAAGCCGGACAGAAAGCAACUGGCUGCUAUGCUCGGACUGACAGACGCUCAGGUGAAAGUCUGGUUCCAGAACAGGCGCAUGAAGUGGAGACACUCCAAAGAGGCGCAGGCUCAGAAGGACAAGGACAAGGAGCAGCCGGACAAGGGCGCGUCCGAGUCCGCCGGCAGGGAGCACAAGGAGCCGGCCGAGGAGUCCGAGUGCGAGAGCGAGGGGCGCAGCGAGUGCGAGUCCGACGAGGCUCCCGAGGACAACUCGGACGGACACGUGGACAUUGCCGAGCAAACCAACCAAACCAGCGUGAUCACGAGCGGCGGCAGCGGGCCGGCGAGCAGCGCGGAGGAGGCGGCCGCGGAGGCCUCUCAGAUGCCGAUAUGAGGCCUGAAGUGAAAGAACAAUGCGGGUUUUGGUUUCAAGCUUUUUUUUUUUUUUGAUAGAAGAACGACGGUGAUGUUUAAAUGCACCUGGAGCGUCGGUUAAGUAACACUAUGCGACGUUUGCGACGUAAAAAAAAACAAAACAGUCCCGCACCUGUCUAAUUCCUGGGAACAAGUGGAGCAACCAGACGAUCGGCCCGAUUAUUUGUUCAGUAUGGCGCUUUGUUUUAACCCGGACACAACAAACAAGGUGAAAAUAAAUAGGUUAAUUUUAUAAUUAUUUAAAAAUACACAAGUGGACUUCUGGCCACCUCCAGGGCCUCCUUACUGUCGUUAUCCUGUCAAGAGCUUUGUGUGCGUCAUGUUUCCUCAUCCGAAGGAAAGAAUGCGGUUGUGAAUUACGUUUUUAGCUUAAGAACCACUCGUUUCACGUGACGAAUCAAAUGUCGGGACAUAACAGCAGUGUUCAUGUAUUACUUGUUUUGUCUGGAUAUAUGGUUGUGCUAUUUUGUUAAUAAUAUUUUGCACUGAAAAAUAUUGUAAAUAAAAUGUUUCUUACUUAAAAAAAAUUGGA